AUGGCCUCUACAGUGGACUCGUCACAAAGACCACCCUCGAGAAAGGCCGUCCUGUCGCCUGUAGACCCCAAUGUGCAGCCUGCGAAGGCCGAAGAAGGCUUCGAAGAGGCAAUAGCCCUCGACCCAAUGCCGAAGCCCCCUACAGAGGGACAUCUGGGACCAGCGACAAGCUCCAUCUCACAAGGCGAUACAGAGACAACACCUGCGGUCACUCCAGUUGCCUCGGCUGUGACAGAGGAAGAAGAGGCAGGUCCCCCUACGCCCUCGAAAGACCCCAGCUUCAAUCCCGCUACACCAGAGCUGCCAGACAAGGGUCGACGGCCAUCGAUUCCAGUCUCUCAGAGAGACCCUAGGUUCUGGUCUCCGUCACUGACUGCCUCACGGCCCUCUUCUUCGAGAGUGAGCCUUUCGAGACAGGCGAGCAUAUCCAAUGCCUCCUCUCAGCUUUCCGAUCCAGAGUCUCCUCUAGCGCGGGCGAAGGGCCUUGCGGAAUCCCCGCAAAGACUGUCAGACUCGUCCGUCGCUACUCCCAUCGAGCAGCAAUAUGCAGCAGCCACACCUCGCAGCGCUCGAAGCGCGAACCGCAAGAGGAUGUCGCUAAACUACGUCGCUUCUCCUGCGGCAGGAGCGGCCUCAUCCCCAGCCUUCUGUCUGUCACCGACGCCAUCUUCUGGAUCAGCAACAUCAGCCAGCCGAACCACCUUCAGAUCCUCGUCCCAUCGCUCAGCCACAGCACUGGACGCCUUCGGCAUUCGGACCGCACCAGCUUCUCAGACCUCUUAUAUCAAGUCAAGUGGGGACACCACACCUCAAAUCGAGCAGCAGCAGCCUUCUUGGCCGACCUCGAGCUCGCCGAGAGAAGACGGCCAAACGGUCAUGGACUCGUCCAAGGAGAUGUUGGCAGAGAUUGCAAGGAGGGAAAGGAAGAUAGGCGAGUUGAGAUCAGAGCUUAGACAAGAGGAGACAGAAUUGAAGGCUCUGCAAGCCAAAUGGCAGGCCGCUGUCACAAAGGAGAUGGGCGCUGUGAGAUCUCCUGAUCGGAGCAGCUUGCGGGCGCCAAGACAAGUCAACGGCGCCAGGACAGGCGGCGCUGCAGUCAAUGUACCUGCUAACAUAAAGCCAACCUCUGGUGAACAGAGCUGGGAAAGCCAAGCAGAUGUAGCGGCAUCGGUGGCAGAGGCCAUGAGAGGAUUCUCCUCAAAGCUUCCAGCUGGUCUAGGAAGCCAACUCAACACUCUCAUCGAUGGUCUGCACGUACCCGCCCCAUCAGCCUCGAGCGAUAGGCCAAACUCUCCCCGAGCCCUAGACAUGCUCAAGGAAGAGUCCUCAGAGGUGGGAUCCGAUGCUGGCGACAAGAGCCCAAACGCAGUAUCGCGGACGGUAGUAGCAGACAGCAACAGGCCAUCCUCAAGCGCCUCUGGCUCGACCUUUGCUGGCCCACCACCAGCUUUCUCGACAUCUAAUGCAAGCAGCAAGCGAAGCUCUACACUCUUCGGAAGCCUUUCGGCGUUCAGGGGUCAGAUAGAGGAGAGUCUCAAAGCUGCUCAGCAGCCGUCUACAAUGACUGGCGCAGAGGGCGGCAGCUCGGCUGGUAGGUCUGCUGCACCUCACAAAGCUGUAGGGCUGGAUGGUCUUCCGGUCUCCCCGCUGCUCGGCUCAUCGACUUCCACAGGGCAAGACUCACAAGCGCAGACGGCGGGCUGGUCUCAGUGGUCCAAGACGCUGAAGGAUGCAGCGAGCGACGCCGCCGCGCGAGCAGAAAAGGCAUUCGGCGAGGCGAUUACCUCUGGCGGUCUGGGCGCGGGCGAAGCGACGGCGAAGGGUGCAGCGACUGCGGCGGACCGGCCGACUGGCUCGAUGCCCAUCUCAAGCGGCAGCUCGAUGUCGAAAAUGAGUCCCACCCUCGAGCGGAGGAGCUUCACUGAAGAGAAUGAAAGGGAGAAGGCGGCGCUCGCAGAGCUGGAGCUGGGCUGGCUUUCGAAUCUAGUCGGUGGAAGCGGUGGAAGCGGAGCCGCCAGCUCGAGCGAGCAGGUAGGCUCAUCAGACUCGCAACCGAGGCGAUUGAGCGACCGUACCCUGCUAGCUUUGUCAGCCGGAGACGGACUCGCUCCCGAGCCUCAGCCGGCGAGAAGCAGUAAGUCGACCUCGACAGGCAUGUAUCCUCCCUCGACCACCUCUACACGCAAGAACACUGGUCAAGCGGACCCCUCAGGCAGCUCGGGUGCUGCUGCUGCUGCUGCUAAGCGACAGUCGACGUUGACAGUGGGCGGUAAUCUAUUUGGUAUGCUCUCCCAGGCGUGGGGUGGGGAGAAGAUUGGCAGCGAACAGACAGCAGCCGCGUCCGGUAACUCGAGCUCUACCUCGAGUGCGGGUACGGCGACACUCAAGCCGAAUGGUAAGGCUGCAGCGUCAGCUCAUACCAAGGCAGGAGCUACCGGUGCACCUCCUUCCCUUUCCACGAGGAAGAGCACAGCAUCGCCACCCCCACCCCCACCGUCAUCGUCGGCUUUGGCGUCGAAUCGGAUCCCUCUCUCGGAGAGGCUGAAGGUCAAAAAGAAUGUGCCAGCAACGACUACGAGCCCGCCGCCGAAUUCUGCUGCUCUCACCGACUCGAAAGGAGUAGGAGAACAGGGAGAAGAUGUCGCUGUUAGCAAUUCUCCAUCCGCGCCUGCCUCCGCUGCCACUUCCUCGACAGAUGCAGAAGCGCCACCGGCAGCGACAGUGGCAGGUGUAUUGGACGAGGACAACGAUGGAGAUUCAGCAGCUCCAGCUCCAGCUCCAGUGACUUCACCACCUCUUGCUGCAGAGUGA